AUGGACAAAAACGGAGCUUCAGCAACUGAUAUCAUCACCUAUAUCGGUAUACCGCUCGCAGUACUCGGCGUCCUUCCUAUCUUAUAUUCCUUCGUUCGCGCAAUACUCGUUCAACGGUCGAUUCGACGCACCCUCCACCGCCAUGGCUUGCUCGAUUCUUCCAUCACGCGCGGUAGCUUGAUGGAAGGAAUAGUCGAGGUUGAACUUCCGCGAUGCACCAUUACUCCGUUAGAUCGAGACGAAGACCCCGAGUACUGGAAGUUGAACCCCCACCAGGUAUUCUUGAAAGGCAGCAGCUGGUCCGUAUUCAACUGGAAUACUUUGGUCACGGGGAGGCAACUUGUUCGAUGUCAAUAUAAAGACGAGCUCAGAGUUCCUGAAGCAGAUAUUGAUUUCGAAGAUUUGAUCGCCUUUCUCUUGGACCGUGGAGCUAUUCCCGACCCAAAAGGAUGGCACCUUCUCAAGUCAAUAGGCUUAUGGACUCCGACCGGCACCGCAUUGCUUUUACCACCUAGAGGAAUGUCCGGCACCGUGCUCAAGGUUGCCACGCCGGAUAACGCGGACGGCUUGUUGAGUUUACAGGUCGAUUGGAAACCACAAUGGGAUACUAGAGGAUCAUUCAGUUUACCCCCGUUCUGGGUGAGGCUGAAGCAACCUGGUUCCGGCAAGGUGCUGGCCGAUGGAACAGAAACAAUGUGCGAGCCUGAAACAAUCGACUUCAAGGACGACCACGCAGACUUUGAAGAAAUUCACGAGCCCCAAGCCCAAGAUAUUAGUCGCGACAACACACUUGUGAAUGAAACACCGGAAAACGAAACAUCUGCCUCUCAGUCACUUAUCAAGCAGAUCGAGGAACGUAAACUGCAUGUAACUACAACUCCUAAUGAUAGCUUUCGAUUCAAAUUGGAUGGCGAUCGUGUGCAAAAAGUCUUGUUCGAAGACGAGGAAUUGCCUACUGGGGAGAUACAUGAAAUGACCAGUGCAGGUGAAACAGCCAACCUAUGGUUCAUUUGCGCCGCAUCGUCCCUGAGCCAAAGGUUGGAAUCCGAGCUUUGGAAUUUUACUAUUCCAAAUCAGAUAACAAGUUUUGUCAAGCGCAAGUCUGUGCCAUGUGGUGUAAUGGUGCUUCUCGGUAUACUUAACAACGACGAUGUGCCCCCAUGGGCGUCACCGCCGCCUUCACUUCAAGAGAGUGCAGAGGAAAUGAGCGAACGAAUGCGACGAGAUAUGUAUGAGCGACGAUUAGAAGACGCUAUGCCCCCUGCACAGGCUGCAGAAGCACGUCGUGUUAGGAUGAUGCGGAGCGCUCAUGAAUUCCAUAACCAGCACAUCGCUCGGCAGAAAGCCUUGCGCGAUUAUGAGGAACGACGGCUAGUUGAAGCCAUUCAAUCGGCGCGUUUGGAAAAUAAUACGGUCGCGAAAGCUACUCUAGCGUACCUUAUUGCUGAAAGGGUUGUUCCAGAAGGUUACACUAUUGAGGAUCUGGCCCUUGCGGUAUUAUACCUCAUGGUUAUGGAUAAUGCCAAAGGCAAACUUAUCGGGGAUAUCCUGGAGAGAUGGGCCCUCUGGAGCCAGUUCGGAGGAAUGCAGAAAGUACAAUUGGAGCUUUUGAUGAAGAACAAAGUUGCCUUCUGUUAUGCGGCGGCACUUGUCUCUGUUGUAUACCACGCAGAAGCCGGAGACAGUAACUCGUCGACGGAUAUGCUAGAAUGCCUCAAAUCAUGGAAGAGAGUAAGACUUGGAUGA